UGAUUUACACAGAAAUUCUUUCUUCUUUUGUUUCAUUAAUGAUGCCAAAUGUGUUCCCUUACUAGCCAAGUUUGUUGGCAACAGAAAUGUCAGCACUCACAGUAUUAGAACAAAUCAUGUGAAUUUCUCUGCCAUCUUCCAUGUUUUAGGGUUCCACUUCUGUACCCCUGUGGUUGGAUAAAGUUGAGCCAUUACUCUCCAGCACUCCUCUCCUCAGUGUAAAUCCCAGAGUCCCUUCACUGCUGGUCAGUGACAAAGCUGUACACACUCGCCACUGGAACACACAGCAGGCUAAAGUUCUUUUUAAAGAGGCCACAGACUCCAAGCCAAUUCUCUCAGAAAAGGAAUUCACAUCUCUGGGGACAGUGGCUCCGGGAGCGAGUUGCACAACACUUAAACAAUUGUUUCAAAACCUGGCGUCUCUAUUGCCUUUGCGUGACGUUCAGCAGUUUCUGAGAGAGCAGCCUGUUCCACUCCACGCCUCAUUGAAAAAGUGCAUAAUUGAUGAACUCUAUGAGUUUGACUUCUUAUUAGAGUUACUUGGAGAUUUGGGGUCUCAGAUUGCUCUGUCACUUCCGCUAAGCACCAUUAAGAAAUUUCCUCCUGAUAAGAUGGAUUCUCUGAGGAACAUGAUAGUGCAGGACCCACAUUACUUCCUGUUGCUUCCCAGCACCAAACAAGCUGUCCUGGUGGAAAAGCUGGUUCAAAGGCUGGACAUGUACACUGGCCUGUACACUGAAGAGGAGUUUCGUUCGCUUGGUGUCAUGGCAACAUUUGUGGUAGAUGAGAUAUUUUUGCAAUUGGAUAGGAGCUUUUUUGUUGAUGGUCUGGAGUUCCUUCGAGGAUUCUGCUACAAUACCAAUAAAAGAGCCUUGGUGGCAGCCAUGCUACAGGAGCCAAAAACAUUUGGCCCUGUACAAGACUGGACGUCUGAGACACUGAACCAAGUGGACCGUUUCUUAUUUUUUCUUCCAAAGGAGACUAUUCAGCUGAUCCCAGCAGGUUUGAUGAGCUUAGAGCGCAUUGAGAGACUGUACCUCAGUCAGAAGCAGUGGGAGAGAGGAGAGAUUGGCUCUCUGUGUGGGCAGAAACCCUCAGAAUUAUUUGACAAGCAGCAGUUUGUGCUUCAGUAUUUCCUUGGUUUCCUCAGUGUUGGACGCAGCACUUUUACUGGACUGAUACCCACUUGUGAGAGCUUGCAUGUGACACAACCUGUUGCCUGGAGUAUUGACAGCCUUAGAAACAUGCCACCAGCUGCUUUCCAGAGAUGCUUGGAGCUCAUUGGCCAGGAUCCCUUUUUCAGUGCAUUCCAGCUGUCAGUGCUCCUUACGAAGACCAAAGAGGUGUAUGGAUUGCCCUCCUCUUUCACCCCUUCUGUGAUCUCUCAGUUGGGUCGCAUUGCCACUCAGCUCUCAGUUGAAGAGUUGGCUUCUCUUAGAUUGUCUGAUAUUCAAUCAAUUUCAGCUAUGGGUGCAAUCAACAUGUGGACCAGCAGACAGUUAAAGACAAUAUUUUCCACUGUGAUGAACUCAACCAGAAAGACUCCUAGCCAGUUAGACUCCAGUUCUAUUGUGGCUUUGGGGCACAUUGUGUGUGGAAUUGAGGCACCUGUCAUGCGCACCCUGAAUGCAGUAGAGUUCAGUAAGGCAGUUUUGUGGCUGGGUCGUUUGCGCCUGUCCUGCUCUGAGGAGCAGUUGCAGGUAAUGAUAGGGCUGCUUAGUAAUAGAUUGACAUUUGGACCAGUCAGCUCCUGGGGAUCAGAGGUCUUCAUUGAGAUAGGAGCAAUUGCAGCGGGGCUACCGGAUAUGUCCAUGUCUGCUUUGGUGAGGGUACAAAUCGAAGGAAUCUCCCCUCUGGCAAUCUCUCUCAUCCCUGCGGGCAAAUUUGCAGUAGUGUUUAACCAGGAACAAAUUAGUAUGUUCACAUAUGAGCAAGCCAUUGCUGUAACAGAUGCCCAGCGCUCUGCUCUGUCUCCACUGCAGGAGACGGCCCUAUCCAUGGUGCUCAACCCCUGGGAAAACAAACCUGUUGAUUUCAGAGGUAGGUCAUUGGGAGUUGCAGUGCACCCCUGUCCCAUAUUCUACCUCCCCAAUGUCCUGAUACUGCUGCUGUUGCUGAGAUAGAUCUGUGGCUGCUGAAUAAUUUCACUUUACUGAGUUGAGCUCUCCUUUCCAAUUAAGUGCAAUAUUAAGUAGAAUUAAUAAUAACAGUACUUUUAAAGUGCAUUGUUUAAUUUAAAAGUAAUUAAAUUAAUUAAUAUUUUCAUUAUAAUUCUAAACAAAUUAAUAUUAUAAAUCUCUAAAUUAAAUAUAAUUGUUAGUUAUGAAAAUAUGUCAGAUUUCAAGAGUUUUUUUUUUUGAUUUUUUAAAUAAUUGUUUGCUUAAAAGAAAUUACUGAACUGAAAAUUAUACAUUGCGGUAUUUGUUUUGGUUUCACUUGUGCUUCAUAUUCAUCCUAUAUUUUGAUUGGUUUUUAUCUAUUAUUUAUUUAUUUAUUUAUUAUGUAUUGUUCCUGCGACAUGGGCCGUCAUUCUCUCAAAAUACCAAUAGGGAUUGUAUAAACAAAGUAAAAAACCUGAUUGUGAACUUUAGUUAUUCGUAUAAUUUUAAAAUCAUGUUUCUCAUAAUAUUAUAUGUCACCUGAUGUCAGACUGUAUUUUAAUUUUGUAUUGUUGUUUGUCAUUGUUGUGCA